AGACGAUGACGUCAUCAUAACGGUUUUGUAUUUUAAUUAAAUCUGGACAAAUUUACCAAGGAGUUUUUUGGCACCACCAGAUUCCCAUGACGACCACAAUUGAUGGAAAUAAGGCCGCAGAACUGUUUGUUGGGAAUAAAAAGAUGAUAACAGAAACUAGGAACAAAUGUUCAUAUUUUUGGGGUGAAAAAUGAGAAAUUAUGGCAAAUGAAUUUACUGGGUACCAUGUUAAAUGUAAGACACAGAGUAAAAGUAUAUAAGUUUUUCUGAAAAAUUUUGACAGAAAUGGGGAAACCUGUAUAUCACUGUGAUAUCUGUAAAAAGUCAUUUGCACACAAAGGUAACUUAAUGACUCACAGACGAAUACAUACAGGUGAAAAACCAUAUCACUGUGAUAUCUGCGGAAAAUCGUUCACUGGAAGAAGCACUUUGACCAUUCAUAAACGUAUUCAUACUGGAGAGAAACCAUAUCGUUGUGAUAUCUGUGGUAAGUUUUUCUCGCAGAGCGGUGAUUUGACAGCUCAUAAACGCAUUCAUACAGGAGAGAAACCAUAUCAUUGUGAUAUCUGUGGUAAAUCAUUUUCCCAAGGCAAUCAAGUAACCAUGCAUAAACGUAUUCACACGGGAGAGAAACCAUAUCACUGUGAUAUCUGUGGUAAAUCGUUCACUGGAAGCCACGUGUUGAAUAACCAUAAACGCAUUCAUACUGGUGAGAAACCGUACUUCUGCGACAUCUGUCAUAAAUCCUUCUCACGGAGCCACCACUUGUCUACUCACAGAAACAUUCAUACUGGAGAGAAACCAUAUCACUGUGAUGUCUGCGGUAAAGCAUUCUCUCGGGCGCAUCAUUUAACGACUCACAAAAGCAUUCAUACAGGUGAGAAGCCGCAUCAUUGCGAUAUUUGUGGCAAAGCAUUCUCGCAAACAGGUAGCUUAACGACACACAAACGUAUUCAUACAGGUGAAAAACCUUAUCGCUGUGAUAUCUGUGGUAAAUCAUUCUCUCAUGGAAACACCUUGACUAAACACAAAUGCGUUCAUGCAGGUGAAAAUCUGUAAAAAUUAUUCCAGUGCUAAAAACGAUGUCUUCUAUAGAAAUUUCUGAACUUUUUAUGCAAAUAUUCAAACUGUAGAGAUAACUUUAAAAAUUAAUUUAAUUGCACUGCUAACACAGGUAGGACAAGUAUUAACUUAUAAAGCCUUUAGUAUACUUGGUACUGUAUUUCGGUUGCAUAAUGAAAUACGAUGUCCCUGCUAGCAAUUAAUAUAUAUUACUUUAUAUAUAUAAACGGUAACGAGCUAUCCGGAUCGUUAGCAUGUCGAGCAAAAUGCUUUGCAGCCUUUUGUCUGUCUUUAGAAUCUGAGUUCAAAUUCUGUCGAGGUCGACAUUGCUUUUCAUCCUUUCAGGGUUGAUAAAAUAAGUACCAGUUGAGCACUGGGGUUGAUGUAUUCAACUUACCCCUUCCCCCCAAUGGUCUUGUGUUAAAGUUUGAAAGUAAUACAUAUUAUUUUAUGCAUGAAUAAACACAUAGGUGGAGGCAUGACUGUAUGUUUCAGCCUUCUUCAGGUGUCUUGUGAGUUCACGUUAACGUUUUGUCUGAGAUUAAACUCAGGACAUCAAGGUGAAUGCCUUUAUCCUUUAAGCCAUGCCUGUAGGCUGUGACUGAGUCAAUUUAUGAAGCUUAUAAAGCUUCAUUGAUGUCUUAUGCCGAUUGUUCCAUGCCCGUAAGGGAGAACUGCAUCUUGAAGAUGAAACAAUUGUUGUGGUAAUAUAAAGUCUUUUGUUAGCACAUUCCGUUUUCUCUUUUUAUCUCUAAGAUAUAUAUAUAUGUAGCUCAAAAUAUCUGGCAGUGUUGGCUACAGCCUAGUCACCCGUAUUACGAACCAGGUGAUACACGAAGGAGUCAUACCCAAUGACUGGUGUAGCAGCACCAUAGUAAACUGCUACAAAGGUAAAGGUGACGCUUUAGAUACAAAUAAUUACAGAGGUAUCAAGCUGUUAGAUCAGGUUAUGAAAGUUACGGAGAGGGUCAUAGCCCAACUAAUUAGGGAGCAAAUCAAUUUAGAUGAGAUGCAGUUUGGAUUCGUGCCAGGUAAAAGCACCACUGAUGCCAUAUUUCUAGUGAGACAGCUGCAGGAGAAAUAUCUAGCCAAGGAUAAACCUCUGUACCUGGCCUUCGUUGACAUGGAGAACGCCUUUGACAGGGUCCCCCGAUCCC